GACUGGGACGAAAACACGCAGGCGCUGGUGCUGAGCAGCUUCUUCUUGGGCUACGCCGUCACCCAGUUCCCAGCAGGACGAAUAUCAGAGGUGUACGGACCGCGGCUCGUCUUCUUCAGUGGCAUAUUCCUGUCCGCCAUCGGGAGCCUGCUGACGCCCAUCUGCGCCCACACAAGCUUCGGCCUGCUGAUCGUCUGCCGCUUCGUCAUGGGCCUCGGAGAGGCGGUGCUGUACCCGUGCUACCAGGUGGUCGUCAGCAACUGGGCGCCACCCACGGAAAAGAGCCGAAUGACUGUCCUAGGCACAACAGGCAACACCUGGGGCACUAUACUGGGGAUGCCGAUCUCUGGACUGCUGGCCGGCUCGAGCCUCGGCUGGGAAUCCGUCUUCUACUUCUUCGGCUUCAGCAGCAUCUUGUGGUGCGUGUUCUGGGCGCUGCUAGUCUACAACUACCCGCAUCAGCAUCCGCGCAUCACGCAGCGCGAGAAGAUCCUCAUCGAGACCAAGAAGAGAGAGUACAGCGAGGCACUCGGCCAGCAGCACUGCGCGACGAGACCGCCGGUGCCCUGGAAGGCGAUGUUCACCAGCGUGCCCUACAUCGCCAAUGUCUUCACCGCCUUCUGCUACAGCUGGGGCUGGUAUAUGCUGCUCACCGAGCUGCCCACGUACAUGAACAAUAUUCUACACUUCAAAAUCGACCAGAAUGCGUUUCUCUCAGCGCUCCCUUUCCUGUUUAUGUCCAUCGUUUCGAACAUCGCCGCAUUCAGCCAGGAUAAGCUGAUGGAACGCAAGACAUUCAGCAAGACCGUCGUCAGGAAAAUAUUCGCAGUCACUGGCCUGCUGGGGUCAGGCAUCUUCCUGGCGCUCGCCUCAUUCGCCGGGUGCGAUCACGUGGUGAUCGUUGCGCUGCUCUGCAUCGCGGUGGCUAUGGUGGGCUGCAUCGUCUCCUCCCUGCUCGUCAACUACCUCGACCUGGCGCCCAACUUUGCAGGCUCCAUGAUGGGCGUCAGCAACUGCGUCAUGGCCAUCGCCGGCAUCGUGGCGCCGCUCGUCACCGGCGCCAUCGUGGCAGGACACGAUGACCUGGAGCAUUGGCAGAUCGUCUUCUGUCUGACAGCAGGCAUCCACGCGAUGGGCGCGCUUGUGUUCAUCAUCUUUGCGUCCGCCGAGGAGCAGUGGUGGAAUUGCUACCCCUCACGGGAGGCGGCAGAGCUAGCUGCCAAGGAAAAUGAACUGACCAAGGAACGGCACUACAAGGUGGUCGCCCUGCCGUGA